AUGGGACAGGACAGUGUAUUCAUCAUACGCUCUGAUUAUUUGCCGGGUUUGAGUUUCGACAAUGAACUCUGGGUUAAUGUCAGCAUUGAACGCUUGGAGGAUCCGGACAACGAAGAGGCUGACUGGGUCAGUGUGGUGAUUCCCGAAGACAUGAAUGAAACCCACAGCGACGAAGAAAUCAUGGAGUAUGCGCUUAAUCGCAUCCGAACCAGGCGAGCCGUCGUGAGCAAAGUGGCACUGCAUAACAUGGGUGUGAGUUGUAUUUCGAUCCCGAUCCCGAUGGAUAUUGUUGACAGCUCUGGAAUCUUGAUUCGCGCCGAGAAGGAUUGGAAGAACUGGCUCGAGUAUAUUUCCAAUGGGAUGGCUAGUCUUAACCGGGAGGUGAUUUUUGGACGUCGGUAA